CUCGUGACGUGACUUGAUAACGCUGCUGCUACUCCGUACCCCGUCUCUAGUGUCUUACCCCAUACAUUCACAGCGUGUAUACAUUAUAUGCAUAUAACUCCUCCCCGUACAGCUCCCUGCCUGUAAAGUGGGAUAUGUCCCUGAACCCGGGAUGUAACAGUCGCUCCACAUAAAGUGUCCCUCCUCCGAAAAUGAUUUCACACCAAAUAAUAUCCCCCGGAAAGUGACACAAUACAAAAUGUCGGCUCCAGACCUCAAGACUCUGUUCCAUUAUAACAACAACCGCCCUAAAUCUACUCCCAUCCUAGAGACCGGGUUGAAGGACCUUCCCGCCAAAACUCUUGCUCCAGUUCUCACACAGAAUCAAACCUCGCCACCAGAAGAGGACACGAGUUUUUCCUUGACCCCCAAGAAUGUGGCGGUGGACAUUAGCCGGACACCAUCCUCGGGAUCCCAUGAGAACAGGGAGUCCGACACUGAAUUCUCACCCCUCUUAGGCAACAGUGAUUCCGGGACCAGCAGUGUAUUCUCGAAAGAAUUGGCAUGGGAUGUCCAGGAAGCCGUCAGUAACUACUUCCGGUUGAGCAACUACAAACAAAUGCUGCACCAUUUCAAGGUUACAGUCCUCCUCGUCCUCACCGUCGUCUUCUGCGCUAUUAUUACUGCACACGAGGAAGCGGAAGUGAAGUUUUGGACAACAUCUGUUGCUAACACUUUGCCCAUAGUUUCCACUUCUCACGACGCCGAUGGCACCCUAACACUGACAUUAGAUGGCCCCCUGAAGAAGACAGAAGACAGAAAUUCAAACGACACAGUCAUCACAAUAGAAGUUCUCAGAUAUAACAGUUCUGAAGUACUAGAGACCAAGAUGUGGGUGUUAAACAAGUCGAUUUUGCAUGAGGAAGAAUCUGAGGAGGUGGAAUAUAAGUUCCUUAACCUUAGUGGAACGGACAGUGUCAGCCUUCGUUUCACUACUAACUCACCGGAGAGUUUCGCUGUCCGAUGGAAAGUAGAUUUGACACAUAAUAUUGAAAUCAUCGUCGCAGCAGUCGUCCUCGUCUUUGUCUACAUUCUCAUUAUAUUUGAGCUAGUCCACAGGACAGUCGCGGCCAUCAUCGGUUCACUGGCGGCUGUCGCUGCCCUGUCCUAUUUUGAGAAGCGACCGUCCCUGGAAGUUAUCAUAGCCUGGAUAGACAUGGAAACGCUCAUGCUGCUCUUUGGAAUGAUGAUACUGGUCGCCAUAUUUUCCGAAACAGGAUUUUUCAAUUUCUUUGCCCUGAAGGCGUACAAGUUAGCAAAGGGCCAGGUUUGGAGUCUUGUAACCUUACUGUGUUUGUUCAGUGCCGUAGUUUCUGCAUUUCUCGACAACGUUACAACAAUCCUCCUUCUGACACCCGUCACUAUCAGGCUCUGUGAAGUGCUCAACCUUGACCCGAAAAACAUCCUGAUAGCAGAGGUUUUGUUCUCCAACAUCGGAGGUACGGCUACUGCUGUGGGGGACCCGCCUAACGUCAUCAUUGUCUCUAACAAGGAAAUUGCUGAAAAGGGUAUCGACUUUGCCGAGUUUACCAUACACAUGACAGUGGGUAUAGUGUUUGUGGCGUUCGCAGGGUACGGGGCACUACGAAUUUACUACCGAAACAUGGACUCUCUCCAAAACAAGGACCCUCCCGAAAUAGCAGAGUUGAAGCACGAGAUUGAUCUGUGGAAGAAAGCUGCAGCCCGCGUGUCGGUCGCCACCAGGGAGGAGAGUAUUAUGAAGGCACUCUUCUUACAGAAGGCAACUCAGCGAGAAAACAGCCUAGUCCGGCGACUUUACAGAAUAAAGCGCUCAGAGAUUAAAAACUUCGAACAAAACGUUCAAGAUCUGGAAAGAAAGUACUUCAUCACAGACCAGUGGCUACUGGUAAAGAGCAGUAUUAUACUCACUGUAGCCAUCCUCUUCUUCUUCCUGCAGUCCUUUGUGGACGGACUACAUAUCAAUAUAGGCUGGGUAGCCGUUAUGGGAGCUAUAAUGUUGAUGUUGUUUUGUGUAGGCUGGGUAGCCGUUAUGGGAGCUAUAAUGUUGAUGUUGUUUUGUGUAGGCUGGGGUCGGAUUUCCUAUGAUGAUCGUAACCAAUAUUGUAGCAAUGGCCUAUCUCUCGAUAUGUCACCUUGCCUUUGA